UUGAAUUAAUGUUACCUGCGCAAAAAUUAAAACAAAUCCCAUACUAGCCGAAUGUGAAUUGUUCGGGUGUAAUCGGGAAUGGCAGAACUUUAUGUGCAUCUUAGGUCUUCCAAACUUAUCGAGUCUAGUCUACAGUGUGAUCUAAGCUAAUUUCCGAAAAUUAGAAAAGUCGCUAAUUGUAGUAAAAAAUAAUAGUAAAAUACAAACAAUAAAAAUGGCUGAAAACACUCCAGAGAGUGAUGUCGGCAGCAUUGAAUGUUUUCAGAAUUACACAGCACCCGAAGUAUUUAUUCAAGGUUUAGCAGGAAUUGUUGACCAACAAGAUGUAGAAUCAAUGAUACGCGCUCAAAAACAGAUGCUGCAAAGGUUCGAGAAGACAAAUGAAAUGCUGACCAACUGCAAUGCACUGUCUGUCAAUCGGCUCAAGUCAGCAGGCGCAGAGUUCAAGAGACACACUCAGCUGUUGCUGGACACCAAGAAAGAUCUGGACAACAUAUUCAAAAGGAUCAGGACGCUAAAAUCCAAACUCUCGGCCCAGUACCCACAGGCAUUUGCUGCUGCAGCUUUGGAAAGGGAUCACAGCGUGGCUGAAACGGAGGACAGAUCCAAACCCGGCCUGAGCAGGCCAAAAUCAUGUAUUGAGCCGUCGUCGUCGUCAUCGUCACUUCCGCCCUCCGACGUCGCCAAGACGAGGCCACGCAGCAGUGUGGAGUCGGCAGCUGGCAGGAACCUUGACAUCAGAGAGGGGGAUGACGAGCAGAGCCCAGUGAAACGGAGAAACAGUUCGUCGACCGACAGUCAAAACGGCAACAGCAACAAUGAUACUUCGCCCUGUACGUCGGACACCGGAUGAUCAGAAGCUGGUUCGGUGCGGCACACAUUCUUACUUACUUGCCUGCAGCCAUCUCUGGGGAAGCUGCGCACACGGGCGUGUUGCUUUGUGCUGGAGAUGGAUGUGCUCUUUGUGUGGGAAACACAUAUAUGAUGCCUUUAUGCAUUAGUAAACAUCUGUAUUGUGUGAAAAAUAUUUUAUGUUAUGAUACUUUGUAAAACACCACAGCUUGUUCUUCCCCUUAUGGUUCAUAGAGUAAUGUUCAAAUGGCAUAGCUAUUUCCAGACAAAUUAAGGAUGUUCAGUAUUCAUUAGCUGCAUUCUCAUUGGCUCAGUUAAGAGCUGAAAAGCACCGUAUAAUAGUGUAGCUAAUAAUAUUAGAAAUUAUAAUAAUAUUAAAAGUGGUGUGAAAUGUGACAUAGUGUGUUAAAGUCUAACAAACAGCCCAAAUUUUUCCUGCAAAAUACAGGUGUUUACGAAUUAUUGACUUGACUAGUAACAGUGACUCUGUGCGUGGUAAUCACCUUCUAAAUCUGUUGUUUACCAUCUUAGGCAAUUUCAUGUUCUUGUGAAUAAAUUUCUUUCACUUGUAUUAUAGUUUGUUAAAAUAGUUGUAAAAUAUAUUAUGGAACAUUAUCAUUUUGGCUAUCUAAAUUUUUUUUUUUAAGUGAGGGGGUAGAAUGUGAAUUCAUGCAGUGCACACUUAAUCAUUUUGGGUUUAGUUGUUCAUGUAGUUCUGGUCAUUCUAAUUUAUUUGUGUUUUUGUAAAUUUUCUUUUUUAAAGCUGCAAUAGACAUUUAAAAUAUGUUUUAAUUACUAAAACAAUUAUAAAUAUUAGUUUCAGAGUUUUUGUUUACAUACUGUUGCAACAUCCAUAAAAAAAGUUAUAUAUUUCAUAGAUAUUAAUUUCAAGCUUAACUUGUGGUUCUUCUUGAAUGAUAUUUAUAGAAAACUAGUCUUUAAGUACUGAUGUAGCCAUUUUAGAUACUGUAUAAAAAAUUAAGUAGGUAUUUAUAACUUGUGCUCCAUACAGAUUUAGCUUGGCUAGAUUCAGUGCACAGCAGUGUAUAGUAAAUAAAACAGAAGUAUAUACUAUUUUUUUAAAAGUACUACCUACCUAUUCUAGUCAGUUGUUAGCAUGUUUUAGCUAAAGUAGAAGUCAAUGUAGGAAUUAAGAAGCGACAUACUUGUAUUUUUACUAAUUCUCACAAUUGGAAAAAGAUAUUGGUUUAUAAAAUCAGAAAAAAAAUUAUUUAAACAUAAAUGUAAAUUUUAAAAAUAAGUUCUGACUGAAUGAAAUGACUUUGUCAUGUAUUAAAACUUGGAACAAACUUUUAAAAAUUACGUAAUGCCCAUAUUUCAAAUCUCGCAGUUUUUUUUGUGAUGAAAAAAAA